AUGAACGUGGCUUCGGCUUCCUCCGACGGCAGCCCCUUCCCCUCAGGAUCUGGCUUAUGGAAGAGGCCGGCGAGUUCGUCCUUACGAACACCACCGCCUUCUUCAGGCGGCGGGGGGCCUCUCAGGCUGGGCGGCCACCCCUGCUGCUACGUUUCGCUGACCAACAUCAAUGAUCCUCUCUACGGGCAAUUUACCCAUGCCAAAAAGCCUGAUGUGGAAAUUGGAAGGAUUAAUGUGGUUACUUGGAUUGAUUGUUUGGAUCUUAGAGUGCUUGCUGUGCUAGCCAACUCGACCCUAUCUAGCACGAUAUUGUCGAAGCAUGUUUAUUUCAGUUUAUAUGUGCCUGAAAGUGAAGAUAUGAAAUUGUUCUAUUACAAGCUGAAAGUAUUGUUUCCCGAUUCAAAUCUGGAGCUCUUUGGGCAAAAUGAAGUCAAGCAUAAACUUAACAAUGCGGCACCAGAAUGGGAAUCUCGUAGGCUCUCAAUUUAUGAGCUAUCCCCUUUCAUCAUUCCAAGCACCAAACCUUCUUUAACAAAAUUUGCUUUUGUAUCACCAAAUACCAUUAUAAAGGGUAGCAUCGAGGAGCUCUUUGGUUUUGAUUUGGGACCUUAUACCAUUGCCGCCGCUGAGGACUGCACGAAAAGAUUGGGGGAAUAUGUUAAUAUAGACAUCUUAAAUGCCAUCCAGAGAACAGCUGCUAUGACUUGGAUAUCAGAUAAACCAUAUGACAAAGAUUCUUGUGUCCCGGACCUGAAUUUGUUUCUGGUUGAUGCGACGAAGCUGGAUAAGAAUUUUAUCGAGUCCAUUUUAUGGUGGGAUAAAGUUCUUAAUUUGAAACAUGAAAGGAACAAUCCUGUAAACAUGGUGAUUGCCGUGGCAUUCUACAACAGGUACUUUAAGCUUCCUGAUGCAUGGAAGCAUGCUAAUUCCAGAACUGUGAGCUCGGAGGCCAAAGUUCUCCGUUAUGAUGGACCGAGCCUUAGUUGUUCAGAACACAAGAUUCAGAAUGAGCCAUAUGGCUUUGGAAAGAAUUGGCAGCAGUAUCUGCCACCCAAAUCCGAUGUCAUCUUAGCAAACUAAAAAUUUUUAAUUUCAGUAAUCUGUUCGAGACUUCAGCUUCAGAAGGAAUUACUAACACUGAUGGAGUAAGGAUUUCUUGCGGAAGGAUAGGCGGCCAGAUGGUCUUUUGCUUGCAGUGCUUUGCAUCCCUUUACAAAAUUUUUCGAAGAUUCAGUUGGUAAAUGACCUGACCAAUAUAAUAUGCCUUUGUUAUACGUGGAAAUGCCUUGCUGUAUUUUCAACCAAGAAUAGUGAUUCAUUAUGCUAAAUUGUGCUUGCUUGAAAAUUUAACUUUUAGUUUGCAAGUCCAGGUUAAUUAGCAAUGACGGAAACACGAGAUUUUGAUUGGAUUCAUCAUCAUUGUAUUAUAAAGAAUAGAAAAACAAGAUAUUGUAGCUCUAAUUGAGUUAUAAUAUUCGUGUUAUUAUUAUUAUUAUUUUGAUAAACUUGAACUUUUUUAAAUGCA